AUGGCAGGAAAUGAAUCCGAUAACAACAUUUGGUGGGACAUCGAGAGUGCUGGGGUUCCCAAAGAAUUAGAUGCAGAUUUGGUCUAUGGUCUCAUACAAGAACGACUUAUUGAAGCAGGCUACACGGGGAACCUAAGAAUCAGAGCCUUCACCGCAACCGAAGAAUCCGUUCCUCAAUGGGUAGCUGACAUGCUUGACAACCGAAUUCCGGUUGUCUAUCUCGACGGUGGUAUGUUCUAA